AUGUCAAAAAUAUUUUUAACUGAUCCAGAAACAGCCAAUACGUAUCCGGGCAACGAACAAACAGUAACUAAUUUACUACGAGAAAAUGCAGCGUUAAUUCGAACCAUCAAAGAAUUACAAAAUGAAGGAAAUAAUGAUAAUUUAUUUGAUUAUAUGAAACAGUUACAUCGAAAUAUCUUAUGGCUUAGUUUACUGGCUGAUGAAACAUCCACAAAAACUCAAUAA